CCAUGAUAAAAUGAGUUACGAACGUGUACACAUAGUUCGUUCCUUGAGAGACACCGUGGCUUGCAAACGAGCGAAUCAUCGCAGUUGCUCAGUGUUUGGAUUUACAAAACCUCGAAAAAGCCAGCUCAUCAAUUGCUUACAUUCAGCAGCUUCUCUCAAGGGAUGUUGCCUGCCAGACAGAAAACCUGGAAACGCAUAUUUGUAGGCACAAAGCUAUCCUUAAAGUCUAUUCAGCCCCAUUUUAAAAGUGAAGACUGCGAUGCCUUUAGAGACCGUAGCACUCAUCUCAACGCCACCUCAGAGAGUCUGGGUGUGGACACCCCUGGCUCCUCCCACAUGUCCAGCCACAGCGAGGAGCUGAAGAUUCUGAGCGUCUACGGAAAAGGGGAGGGCCCUCUGGCGGUGGAGGACCAUGACACCCUCUUCACAGCGUCAGAAGUGGAGGCCCUGAACUCGCUGUCUGCGGACCACAGCGAGGCCAAGAGCCUGGAGCGCGGCGAGCGGCUGGUCUGCCGCGAGGAGCUGAGUGUGCAGCAGACCCCAGACACCAUUUCAAUCAAAGUUGAAGAGGAUAUUGGUGGAGGCUUGCCCGCCGCGGAAGACUGCGAUGCCUUUGGAGACCGUAGCACUCAGCGCAACGCCACCUCAAAGAUUCUGGGUGUGGACGCCCCUGGCUCCUCCCACAUGUCCAGUCGUAGCGAGGAACUGCUGCAGACCCCAGACACCAUUUCAAUCAAGGUUGAAGAGGAUAUUGGUGGAGGCUUGCCCGCCGUAGAAGACUGGGAUGCCUUUGGAGACCGUAGCACGCAGCGCGGCGCCACCUCGGAGAGUCUGGGUGAGGACGCCCCUGGCUCCUCCCACAUGUCCAGUCACAGCGAGGAACUGAAGAUUCUGAGCGUCUACGGUAAAGGGGAGGGCCCUCUGGCGACGGACGGCCAUGACACCCUCUUCACCCCGUCAGAAGUGGAGGCCCUGAACUCGCUGUCUGCGUACCACAGUGUGACCAAGAGCCUGGAGCGCGGCGAGCGGCUGGUCUGCCGCGAGGAGCUGAGUGUGCAGCAGACCCCAGACACCAUUUCAAUCAAGGUUGAAGAGGAUAUUGGUGGAGGCUUGCCCGCCGUGGAAGACUGCGAUGCCGUUGGAGACCGUAGCACUGAGCGCAACGCCACCUCAGAGAUUCUUGUUGUGGACGCACCGGGCUCCUCCCACAUGUCCAGUCACAGCGAGGAACUGAAGAUUCUGAGCGUCUACGGAAAAGGGGAGGGCCCACUGGCGGAGGACGGCCAUGACACCCUCUUCACCGCGUCAGAAGGGGAGGUCCUGAACUCGCUGUCUGCGGACCACAGCGUGGCCAAGAGCCUGGAGCGCGGCGAGCGGCUGGUCUGCCGCGAGGAGCUGAGUAUGCAGCAGCAGACCCCAGACGCCAUUUCAAUCAAGGUUGAAGAGGAUAUUGGUGGAGGCUUGCCCGCCGUGGAAGACUGUGAUGCCUUUGGAGACCGUAGCACUCAGCUCGGCGCCACCUCAGAGAUUCUGGGUGUGGACGCCCCUGGCUCCUCCCGCAUGUCCAGUCGUAGCAAGGAACUGGUGCAGCAGACCCCAGACACCAUUUCAAUCAAGGUUGAAGAGGAUAUUGGGGGAGGCAUGCCCGCCGUAGAAGACGGCAAUGACAUCAGAGACUGCAGCACGCAGCGCGGCGCCACCUCGGAGAGUCUGCGUGUGGACGCUCCUGGCUCCUCCCACAUGUCAAGUCACAGCGGGGAGCUGCGCAUCCUGAGCGUUUACGGACAAGGGGAGGGUCCACUGGCGGUGGACGGCCAUAACGCCCUCUUUGCCGCGUCAGAACUUGAGGCCUUGAGCUCGCUGUCCAAAGACCACAGCGUGGCCACGAGCCUGAACUGCAGCGUGCAGCUCGUCCGCCUUGAGGAGCUGACUGGGCAUCAGGGCGGCCGCAAGGGCCGGCCCGGUGUCUUGUGUGGAAAGGUUAUUCCCAACAAUGCCAAUAUGAUUGUCCAUAUGAGAACUCACUCCGGGGAAAAUCCCUACAAGUGUGACCAAUGCACGAAGGGCUUCAGUCUGAAAAGACACUUGAAGAGCCACAUGAGGACUCACUCCGGUGAGAAGCCAUACAAGUGUGACCAAUGCACAAAGCGCUACCGAAGGACAAGCCACCUGAAGCGCCACAUAAUGACUCACUCUGGGGAGAGGCCCUUUAGGUGUGACCAAUGCACGAAGGGCUUCAGUCUGAAAUGCGACCUGAAUAUCCACAUGAGGACUCACUCCGGGGUGAAGCCCUACAUGUGUGACCACUGCACAAAGAGCUAUAGUCAGACAAGCCACCUGAAGAUCCACAUGAGGACUCACUCUGGGGAGAAGCCCUACAAGUGUGACCAAUGCACGAAGCGGUUCAGUCUGACAAGCUACCUGAAGAUCCACAUGAGAACUCACGAUAAGCCCUACAGGUGUGACCAAUGCACGAAGCGGUUCAGUCUGACAAGCCACCUGAAGAGCCACAUGAGUACUCACUCCGGGGCGAAGCCCUACAGGUGUGACCAAUGCACGAUGCGCUUCAGUCGGACAAGCUCCCUGAAGAUCCACAUGAGGACUCACUCCGGUGAGAAGCCCUACAAGUGUGACCAAUGCACAAAGUCUUUCAGUCAGAAAGUCUACCUGAAGAGCCACCUGAGGACCCACUCCGGUGAGAAGCCCUACAAGUGUGACCAAUGCAUGAAGUGCUUCGGUCACAAAGGCACCCUGAAGCACCACAUGAUGACUCACUCUGGGGAGAAGCCCUACAGAUGUGACCAAUGCACGAAGCGCUUCAGUCAGACAAGCCAACUGAAGGUCCACAUGAGGACUCACUCCGGGGUGAAGCCCUACAAGUGUGACCAAUGCACGAAGGGCUUCAGUCUGAAAAGCCACUUGAGGGGCCACUUGAGUACUCACUCCGGUGAGAAGCCAUACAGGUGUGACCAAUGCACGAAGUGCUUCAGUCUGAAAUACAUCCUGAAGCGCCACAUGAUGACUCACUCUGGGGAGAAGCCCUACAAGUGUGACCAAUGCAAGAAGUGCUUCAGUCUGAAAGGCCCCCUGAGGCACCACAUGAGGACUCACUCUGGGGAGAAGCCCUACAAGUGUGACCAAUGCACGAAGGGCUUCAUUCUGAAAGGCCCCCUGAUGGUCCACAUGAGGACUCACUCCGGCGAGAAGCCCUACAAGUGUGACCAAUGCAAGAUGCGCUUCAGUCAGAAAGGCACCCUGAAGAUCCACAUGAGGACUCACUCUGGGGAGAAGCCCUACAAGUGUGACCAAUGCACGAUGCGCUUCAGUCAGAUAGGCGGCCUGAAGAUCCACCUGAGGACUCACUCCGGUUAGAAGCCCUGCCUGUUAGUGCAUUGCAACGCCAGCUACAGCGACCCAAGCAAUUUGAGUGUGCACAUGCUCAAGCACACGGGCAAUGGGGUGCUUUCACACAGGGUAACGGGGCGCUUUGAUUGAGACCUCUGUCCGGUAUUUGUCGAAAUUACUGCUUUUUCGUUUUUCUUUUCAUCAGGAUUAAACACUUUCCAGCUUUUGA